GCGACGCCAGCAGUUUGCUGCGCGGCACUCUCCAAUAAAAUUGUCUCACACCAACUUGCUGCUCUGCAUGUUGUGUGUUGUCAGAUCUAAAGUAAAAAAUGAAAAGGAGUUUUAUCAUAUUUUUGCAUUUCAAAACAAACAGUGUGGAUACGGUUUUUACUUUUGCUGAGUAAGACGCACUUUUUAACAUUGUGUGGAUUUGCGCGGUUCAGUUUCCCUUGGUAGUCUUUUAGUUCAGGGUGACAUGAGCUCUUCGCCAGACGUCAAAUGUGAAGAAGGUAUACAAUUUUUUUUAUAUUUUCAAAUUGGGUUUUAUUGGUGGUUGAAAAGGACAGCAUGGGAAGUCUCAGUCGGGAAUAAAUUGGCUAAUGAUAGGUCUUUUAGUAAGACCCUUAUGUUAAUCGGGGCGAUAAGAUAGCCGACGAUCAUGUUAUUCUUUGUGCAGUUAGCACUCGUGUCUAGAAAGAAAAAGAUGUGCCAAUAUAGAGCAGUUCCCCCUUUGGACCCAAUCGAAGAAAUAUUAAAGCAGGCCGGUGACUGGGGGCCUGCGCAACUAUUGCUUUUGGCUCUUUUUGGCGUAUUCAAUAUCAGCGCCGCUUGGCACUAUUUUGCCCAGACAGUCAUCAGUAUCUCUCCUCCAUUCACGUGCGCCACACCAGGGCCUAGUCCGUGCUUUGAGUGGGUCAAUGGCUCCAGCACCGAAUCUCAACCCUGCGCCUCAGGAUGGACGUUCGAUCCGCAGUCUCCAACAACUCUCAUCGUGGAGACUCAAUGGGUGUGUGACAAAUCGUGGAUUCCCUAUUUCGGCCAGAGCGCUUUUUCUCUUGGCAGCACAAUUGGCACCCUUUGCCUGGGGCUGCUGGCAGACAAAAUCGGAAGGAUGCCCGUGCUGGUGAUUUCCAACACAAUCGGCGCCGUGGCCAAUGUAGUGACAGCCCUCUGUCCUACAACCAUAGCUUCUUAUGCAGCGGUUCGGCUCCUAGCUGGAACUGCGAGCGACUCCAAUUUCAACAUGAUGUACCUCCUAGUGAUGGAGUACUUGCGGCCGAGCUUGCGAUCUGUGGGUCUGAAUUUGGCCGUUGGAGUUUUUUACAUGGUCGGCUGCGUCUCGGUGCCAUGGAUCUCACAUGCAGCAGGCCACUGGCGCUUUUUCAUUCUGAUCACUGCCAGUCCUGCCCUGCUGCUGCCAAUCGUCCCCUUUCUAGUUCCAGAGAGUGCCAGGUGGGCCCUUGCAGCAGGAAAAGGUCCUCAGGCAGCAUUUCAAUCGAUGCAGAAAAUUGCCAAAUUCAACAAGAGAAAACUUCUGCCAGAGGAUGAAGCUAAUUUUAUAGUCCGCGCUAGUCGGUUGAGGCCAAAUCCUCGGGCUAACAUAUUGGGACUCUUUUGCUCUCCCCGUUUAAGAAGGAAUACUCUGAUUUUGUUAUUUAAAUCAAUGGUGCUAACUUUGUGUUACGACGCAAUCUCAAGAUAUUCGGUCGGCCCAGACCCUUUAGCCAUGCUCAGUUUUGGAUCUCUAGUCAUUUUGCCUGGCUGUGCUGUGGUUGCUUUCAUGCAAGAGAAAGUCGGAAGGAAGUUGCUCGCUUUGUCAGCAUUGUUCUUCUGUGCUUUCUUCAUCGCCAUUGCCGGAGGAAUGAGAAAAGUUGACGUUUCGCACAGUUACUCGAUUAGUAUGGCGCUUUUGGGGAGGUUUGCAGUUGUUGUCGCUUACAACUCAGGUGCACAAUACACUGCGGAACUUGUGCCGGCGCAGGUUCAAGCAGGAGGCGUUGCAGCCAUCCAUGUCGCAGGUUACGCUGCCUCAAUUUUGUCUCCACAAGUACUUUACUUGGAGCAACUUUAUCCGUCCCUGCCGGAACUUGUACUUGGCAUACUGGCUGCCUUAGGAGCUGUUUUAUGUUUAUUUUUACCCGAAACCAGUCACAAGGCUCUCCCAGUCACUCUUGAAGAGGGCGAAGAGUUUGGAAGAGGGGAAAGUUACUUGCCCUGCACACCAUGUGGAGUGAAUAGGCGUCUGAGUGAGACUGAUUUGGUAGAUGAUAAAUAAAUUCUUACUUUGGAAAAUAUUAAAUGAU